UGUGGGCAGACGCCCACCUCCCUGGAGCAACCAUGCUGCGAGGCGCUUUCAUGCUCUGGAACCUCUGCUUCUUUGAUGUGGAGAGGAGCCUGGCACGCAGGCUGCAGCAGAACACGCAUUACCCCUUCCAAGUGCAGCAGCCCAAUGUGUUCGUCAUGGAGUAUUACAAGGACACGCUGUGGAAGGGGGCCCUGGUCUUCCUGAUCUGUGUCCUGGGUGGUGUCUUCUACUUCAAGAGUGAGAAGCUACUUCCCCAGCCAGGGAGCCAGGACCAGCAGGUGUCUCUGGCUCCAGCCCCAUCUCCACCCUGCUCCUCCCUGGCUCUGGGUCUUGGCUCCCGGGUCCGUCCUCUGCAGGUCUCCCAGGAUUACUUCGGCUUCUUCGUCUACGGGACCCUGGUCGGCUUCUGGCUCCUCCUUAGCUCCAUGCACAAGCGGCACCUGGUCAUCAACCACGUCCAGGGCUGCUACCAGAUCUACAUAAAGAGGCGGCUGUGGGAGGAGGGGCCCCUGCACCAGAUCUACGUCCGGUUGACGGCCCAGACAGAUGCCUACGGGAAAUGCUUCUACAGUCUCAUCAUCAACGGCCACGGCCUGGAGGUGCUGGCCCUGGCCAGCCUGUCGGACAAGUACGAGGUGAGCAGCCUGGCCUGGCCCUGCCCUUCCCUCCCGGCCUGGCAGGGGGCCAUGCCAGGCACCACGCUGCAGCCCACAUGCUGUGCCUGGCACACGUCACCACUGCAAUCCCCUUGCCUGGCCUCAUGCCCCCCGCCCUGUCUGUUGCCCCGCCAGCAUAUGGAGUUCUUGGGCAGGCGGAUCGCACGCAGGCUGAAACUCAACUACUUCGACUACCUGGAUGUGUCCACGCGCCAUGUGAUCCGCCACCGGCCCCCGCUGGAGCGGGACGAGGAGCUGCAGGUGUGAGGGGGGGCAGUGCCCCAGUAAAG